AUGCUCUGGUGGCGGUUGCUUGCACUCCGCCUCGACCCCGGAUUUCCUUUCGUCUAUCUCCUUGUGUCUCACUAUUGCACCUUCCGUGCCUACACCGACCCCCUCAACUCCUCAGGCCAGUCUGCAUCCAACAGCUUAAACCCGCCCUCGAUCCCGCCUCCCCCACCUCCCCCGCCACCGCUGAACAUCCCCCCUUCCCGUGCCCGCAUGGCCUUUGCGGCUCGGCUUGCCUCGAAGCGCAAGGAAGCAGAAGAAGCGGGUGAGGACGGCGACCUCAGCGAGGACAAAGGCCUGGGUAGGGGUGGCAUGAGCUCGUUGCUCCAGCAAGGCAAGGAAAAGGAAGGCGAUGGACAGCUGCGGAACCCGUUCGCGGAUGACGAGGACGAUGAUGAGCAGAGUGACGAUGAGGAUGAAGAGGAUGACGAAGGCGACCUCGGGCGCGGCGAGAAUGCCAGCGGACAAGGUAGCAGCUGGAACCGGGGAGGGUGGUGGCGCGGGGCUCUGGGCAACAGAAAAGACAAGAGCGCCAAAGAGACCUUCGGCGACGGCAGAGACUCCACUGACUCGGAAGACGAGGCCGAGGGCCAGGGCGGCGAUGGCGGCAACAGCAGCGACGAGGAGUUUGGCGACUUCGCCAUGCCCGAGUCGUCGGGAACCGCUGCCGAGGCCAGUGGGACAACGUCGGGCUUCGAUGCGGAGCGGGAAAAGGUGCUGGUCAAGCCAAUGCCUGUGCACCCACCCGGCGGCGGCGGGAACAAAGGCAACUUCUUGGGGCUGUGGCCUUUUGCGAAGAAGGACAAGGACAGUAGCCCUACUAAGGAGCAAGCCGGUGCCGAAAAGACGGCUGACGCCGCGGCUACCUCCGAGAAACCCAUCGAAGCACAGGCAGCGGACGAGGCUGCCCAGGAAGAAAAAGAGAAGGAAGCUGCUAUCGACACGGACGGUGUAAAAGAGGACGAGAAGGCCAAAGCCGAGCCCCCUGUCGUGCUGAGCGAGGACGGCGAGAAGGUGCAGCCGGCCGUCGAGGCAAAGCGGCGCACGAGCAUCGAGGAGCCCGAUGAGGGCGACGAGGUUGUUGUCUAG